CUCUCCCUGUCGUUCUGCAAUUUUCAUAUUUUUGUUUGUGUAAAAUUCACAAGUAUUUAUUACUUCAAUUCAAAAUAUUAAGUGUGAACUGUUGCAUAAAAGUAAAAAAAAAAUUAUUGAAAAGUGUCCGAUUGAUAUUCCUGAUCUAGUGAUCAUUACAUUUUGAACACCUCAUUAAUUUUCCUGGUUGCUAAUAAUUUGUUCAGUGACAAAGAUUUAAGUUUUUUUAGUACAGUAUUUGGACAAAAUGUCUACAGUCCCUGCAAUUCCUGUUGCACCGGUUGCAAAACCAAAGAAACAUUUUAUUGGGACUCCAGCUCCGUCUGGUUAUGUUGCCGGUGUUGGUCGUGGAGCUACUGGGUUCACAACACGGUCUGAUAUUGGUCCUGCCCGAGAUGCAACGGAUGUGUCAGAUGACAGACAUGCUCCUCCAAAUAAACGAAGCAAAAAAAAGGACGAAGAAGAAGAGGAGGAGGAAGAUCUUAAUGACUCAAAUUACGACGAGUUCUCAGGGUACGGAGGAUCUUUGUUUAAUAAAGAUCCAUACGAUAAGGAUGACGAAGAAGCGGAUGAAAUUUACCAUCAAAUAGAUGUGCGUAUGGAUGAAAAGAGGAAAGAUUAUCGUGAAAUAAAAUUGAAAGCACAAUUGGAAAAGUAUCGACAAGAGCGUCCAAAAAUUCAACAGCAAUUUAGUGACUUGCGAAGGGCUCUGUCUUCUGUGUCCGAGGAUGAGUGGCUGAGUAUUCCGGAAGUUGGUGAUGCAAGAAACAAGAAGCAAAGGAAUCCCAAAUCAGAAAAGUUUACGCCAUUGCCAGAUUCUGUACUUGCACGAAAUCUUGGAGGUGAAUCAGUUACGACUAUCGAUCCAUCGUCUGGAAUGGCCUCUGCAUUUCCUGGAGGCCUAACUCCGUCAGGCGAUUUAGAUUUGAGAAAAAUUGGACAAGCGCGUAACACCCUCAUGAGUGUUAAGUUGAAUCAAGUUUCAGACUCUGUGUCAGGCCAAACUGUUGUGGACCCCAAAGGAUAUCUAACAGACUUGCAACAAUUUGGGGCAGGGACAUAUGGAGGCGAUAUCAAUGACAUAAAAAAGGCACGGUUAUUGCUAAAGUCAGUCCGAGAAACAAAUCCCAAUCAUCCAGGAGCAUGGGUUGCAUCUGCCAGAUUGGAAGAAGUAACUGGAAAGGUCCAGACAGCUCGAAAUUUAAUUAUGAAAGGCUGUGAAGUAAAUCCAAACUCUGAAGAUCUCUGGCUUGAAGCUGCCCGUCUUCAGCCUCCGGAUUUGGCUAAAGCAAUUAUAGCCCAGGCCGUUCGACACAUUCCAACUUCAGUUCGCGUAUGGGCAAAGGCAGCAGAUUUGGAAUUAGAAACAAAAGCAAAGAAAAAAGUUUUCAGGAAAGCUCUUGAGCACAUUCCAAAUAGUGUUAGGCUCUGGAAGUCGGCAAUCGAAUUGGAGGAACCGGAUAACGCAAAAAUUUUAUUAGGAAGAGCUGUUGAAUGUUGUCCCGCCUCAGUCGAACUUUGGCUGGCUUUGGCGAGACUGGAGAGUUAUGAAAAUGCCAGAAAAGUGCUUAAUAAAGCUCGACAGAAUAUUCCUACGGACAGAGGUAUCUGGAUCACAGCUGCUAAAUUAGAAGAAGCUCAAGGAAAUCAUCAAAUGGUUGAUAAAAUUAUUGAACGAGCCAUCAGCUCUUUGUCAUCCAACGGAGUAGAAUUAAAUCGUGACCAAUGGCUAACGGAUGCCAUCGAAUGUGACAAAGCACAGUCUUACAUGACUUGUCGAGCAAUUAUAAAGUGUAUGAUUGGUCACGGUUUAGAAGACGAAGAAAGGAAAGAGUUGUGGUUGGAAGACGCUGAAAAUUGUUCUCAAAAGGGAGCUAUUGAGUGUGCAAGAGCAAUUUACACCCAUGCAUUGAGCGUAUUCCCAACAAAGAAAAACAUUUGGAAGCAGGCUGCUUCUUUUGAAAAACAGCAUGGGGAUCGCGAAAGUUUGGAGACCUUGCUCCAAAAAGCAGUUAGUCAUUGCCCUCAAUCCGAAGUCCUUUGGCUCAUGGGUGCAAAGUCCAAGUGGCUAGCUGGCGACGUGCCAGCGGCUCGAUCAAUCUUAGCCAUUGCUUUCCAAGCGAAUCCUAAUUCGGAAGAAAUUUGGUUAGCUGCUGUAAAACUGGAAUCUGAAAACAACGAAUACGUACGGUCCAGGAAAUUGUUGGCAAAAGCCCGUGCAUCUGCUCCAACACCAAGAGUUUGGGUCAAGUCGGUAAAGUUGGAAUGGUGCCUGGAUUGCAUAUCAACUGCUCUGGAUUUACUUGACGAAGGAUUAAAAGCAUUUCCAGAUUGUGCAAAGCUAUGGAUGAUGAAAGGACAAAUUUUAGAGGAGGGAAAAAAGUUGGAUGAAGCCAGAGAUACUUAUCUGGCUGGUACUAAAAAGUGUGGAGAUUCGAUACCUCUAUGGAUCCUUAUGUCAAGGAUUGAGGAAAGGCGUGGAUUAUUAACAAAAGCUCGCUCAACUUUGGACAAAGCCAGAUUGAAAAAUCCAAAAAAUGAUAAACUUUGGCUCGAAUCCAUUCGAAUAGAGAUUCGUGCAGGAUUAAAAGACAUUGCAGAGCCAAUGCUUGCAAAAGCAUUGCAAGAGUGUCCUACGUCUGGUCCCCUGUGGGCUGAAGCAAUAUUUGUGGAAGGCAAGGCUCAAAGGAAAACUAAGAGCGUGGACGCACUCAAGAAAUGUGAACACGAUCCACACGUACUUCUUGCAGUCUCUAAAUUAUUUUGGAGCGAGAGAAAACUGAACAAGUGCAGAGAGUGGUUUAACCGUGCGUUGAAAAUAGAACCUGAUUUGGGGGAUACUUGGGCCUAUUUUUACAAGUUUGAACUACUUCAUGGGACUGAGCAAACACAAUCUGAAGUGGUUAAACGAUGCUUACUUGCUGAGCCACAUUAUGGAGAAAACUGGUGUGCGAUAAACAAGGACAUAAAGAAUUGGAAAAGGAAAACAGAUGAAAUAUUGACUAUGGUGGCAAAUUCGUUACCGAUACCUACUUAACUCUAUGCAUGUAUUGUAAUAUUCAUGUAAUGUUCUCACUUUUCUUGUACUUUUGUAGUCCAUCAUUUAUUGUUGACUACCGACUUUUUUCGGAUUAAAAAAAAUAUUACCUUGAUUAAUGUUAUGUUUGAAAUAUAAUCUUCAACACAAUAAAAUAAAAUUGUAUAAGUUGC